GCUCCUCCCCGCCGCUCAACAUGGCGGCUCCCACGCUGUGGCGGUGCUGCUGCCGAGCGGCCGCUCUGUGGGGCGCCCUGCGGCCGGCCGGAACGCGGCACGUCCACGAGCGGCCGCAACGUGCCCGCGGGGCCAAGGGGCUGCUGGCGGAGCAGUGCGAGCGCGGCCUCUUCCAGGAGGUGUUCCCCGCACAGGGCGCGGACGAGCAGCUGGAAGCGUUGCUGGAGCCGGGCCGCCCUCCCGUCGCUGUGUACUGCGGCUUCGACCCGACGGCGGACUCGCUGCACGUCGGGCACCUGCCGGCCGUCAUGGCGCUGCUGCACUUCCAGCGCGCCGGACACACCGUCCUGGCCGUGGUGGGCGGCGCGACGGCGCGGCUGGGCGACCCCAGCGGCCGGGAGCGAGCGAGGGAGCCCAUGGAGGCCGAGACGGUGCGGGCCCACGCUCGGGGGCUGCGAGAGGGGCUGGGGCGGCUGCUGGACAACCACCGAGCGCUGUUCUGGACGGCGGGGCGGCCCCUGGGUCAGGCCGAGCUGCUGGACAACGCGUGGUGGCUGGGCCAACAGCCGCUGCUCGAUUUCUUGUGCGGCGCAGGCGGGCGGCUCCGCAUGGGCACGCUGCUGAGCAGGCAGGCCUGCCAGGCGAGGCUGCGCAGCGCCGAGGGCAUGAGCCUGGCCGAGUUCCUGUACCCCGCCCUGCAGGCGUACGACUUCUUGCACCUCCACCGGCACCACGGCUGCCGCGUGCAGCUGGGAGGAGCCGACCAGAUGGGCAACAUCAUGUCCGGAUAUGAGCUCGUCACCAAGAUGACAGGAACGGAUGUAUUUGGAAUUACCGUGCCUCUUAUUACCAGCACUACUGGAGAUAAAUUGGGAAAGACUGCUGGCAAUGCAGUUUGGCUGAACAGAGAUAAGACUUCUCCGUUUGAGCUGUAUCAGUUUUUUGUUAGACAGCAGGAUGACAUAGUUGAGAAAUACCUGAAACUCUUCACCUUUCUUCCUCUUGAGGAGAUUGAUCACAUCAUGGAAAUGCAUGCCAGAGAGCCUGAAAAAUGGGGCCCUCAGAAGCGACUUGCUGCAGAAGUAACGAAACUCGUUCAUGGCAGAGAGGGGCUGGAAUCUGCUAAGAGGUGCACCAAAGCCCUUUAUCACAGCAGCGUGGAGGCACUGGAAGCUAUGUCCGACCAGGAGCUACAGGAACUGUUUAGACAGGCUCCUUCUGCUGAAUUGAUACUUGAACCUGGAAUGACUCUGCUUGACCUGUGUCGCAAAGCAAAUGCCAUUCCACAGGGACAUAGUGGGUACCAGAAAAUAACAAAUGGUGGAGUUUCAGUAAAUGGGAUUCGCGUAACCAAUCCUGAGACUGUUCUUAUUCUUGGACAGCAUAUUCUCAAGAAUGGAGUAUCAUUGCUUAGGAUUGGAAAGAAAAACUACUACAUCAUAAGAUGGCUGCAAUUGUGACAAAGAAGCAUAUCUUUCUAAAAUGAGAUAGAUACCACUUCGACUCUGUUGCUUGAAGAAUGUAAUUGAAGACGUUUCUAUACUGUGCAUUACUAUGCAGCUCACAAACUGCCUAAUAGCAUCGUUUCAGUUUUCAGGAUACAUCAAUGGGGUUCAAAUAAAGGCAGCUGACAUUCUAAACAUGUAUUAUUUCAUGUUUUAGCUCUGGAAGUGAAUCACUGAACCAGAAAGUAAUAGAAAUCCAUACCAGAUUUUUUUCCCCAUCUGCUGUACGUCUCAUUCCUUCACAGUAGAUCACAUUUCAUGUAGGCCACAAAUCGGAUAUAGAGGGAAAAGCUGCACGCUAUAUUAUGGCAGUUGCACCUACACUGGAUUUUUAACUCCACUAAAGUUAUGUAUUAUAAUUUGUUACAGCUGGGCUUUUGCUUAACUUACUCCUUUUAAAGUUUAUGCGGUGGCUGUUAGUAUCAGCUGUUAACUGUGAAGAGCACAGAUUCAUGUGACAUGCUCUCUCCACUAAGAAACAAGAUACAGAUCUAAAACACCAAAAAGGAGUGUCUGGAACUGCUUUGGAAGCAGGUACCAAUGAAGUACAAACUGGAACUCCAUCACAUGCAACUCUUAGAAGUUACACCAAUGAAGAGACUUUUCAAGCAUCGUUCAAAAGAAUAUGCACGAGAAGAUGAAUAGAUCCAUUUCAAGGAGCCAAGAUGGAAACUCUUCCAACUACUGUGUUGUAGGUGAGAGGGGCAACCAUCACCAGAUAUACUACAGAAUAAUUCACAGCCAGAUGAGCGAAGAGAUACUUGAAACCUGUCCUUCUAACUGAGGAUGAAUGCUGCUGUUGACUUUUGACUUCAUCCUAACAUAGCAAAUCAGGAUAAGUGGGUAAGGACAAACAACCUACUACCAACAGUUUUUUUGUAUUUUUUUUCUUAACAGGUUUGGUUUAAAGCAAGCUGCAGAAGAUUCACAAUAAAUAAGUGAAACAGUUCAGUAAG